CAACACCUAAAAGCUUCACUCUCACAUCUUUCUGCUUCCUGUCCACACACACACACACAGGCCCCUUUCACCAUCUCUAGCUUUUUCAUCGAUCUGUUUUUUUCGACCUUGGCUUUCCUUCCCCUUUUAAAGCUUUGAUGCACACACCACACCGGCCACUCGAAAUGGACACACUCCACCUGUUGAUGUGAAGAUCUGUUUCAUUUCCAGUCUAGUCGAUCUCACAUGUGAGAGGAACCGAUCCAGCAACUGAAGAAUUGAAGAAGAUGAUGAUGAAGAAGCAGUAGCAGUGGCAGUAGCGCUAGAACUAGCUAGAUCUCCUCCCUUGCUAGCUAGAAGCUUGUACAAACAGUGCACCACACAGAUGUUGCCUUACCCUAACCCUCACCAUUUCGGCGUCUCCCAAGAACCCCCACACCCAAACCCUACCAGCUUCCCCAUGCUUCCGCCGGGCGCGCAUCUGGAUCAGCAGCACUACGUGGACCAUCACUUCUUCCCCGGCCACGGCCACUUCAACUCCGAGACACUGGAGGCGGUGCUGAGGCCGACGCGCGCUGCUCCAGAGUGCGAGGCCGCAGUGGCGGCGGCGGCGCAGCAGGGUGGAAGACGAAACGGUGUGCCCGCCGGCGGCGGCCAGGGCCAGGGCCACGCCCGGGCGCGGAAGCGGCCGUUCCGGACGGACAGGCACAGCAAGAUCCGGACGGCGCAGGGCGUGCGCGACCGCCGGAUGCGGUUGUCCCUCGACGUCGCGCGCGACUUCUUCGCGCUGCAGGACCGGCUCGGCUUCGAUAAGGCCAGCAAGACGGUGGACUGGCUGCUCACCCAGUCCAAGCCGGCCAUCGAACGCCUCGCCGCCACCGAUCUCUCCCAGCGAAGCGUCGGCGGCGGCAGCGACGACGCAGCUUUGUCACCCCCGACGUCAGGGGCGGCGGCUGAUGGACCAGGUAAGAGGGGAGGAGUUGCCGAGAAGUUGAGCUCUAGAAGUGGUGGAUCGGCGUCCAUGGAGAUGGAGCACACCUGCGACCUGGACCGCCUCGUGUCCGCGGCACCGGUGCUUCGGGAGUACUACUACGGCCUCAGCGAGAUGAUGAGCAACGACAAUGGAGGGGACGGCGACGACGAUGGUGAGUACGAGGAAGACGGUGAUUUCCUGGACGGUAUGCAAUAUUAGUAUGUAGAAGCAGCUUGCAUGGUUUCUCUACGUAGUAGAGUACACUAGUAGCUAGCUCUUUCUUUAUCUGGCAAGCACUUCUUCACUAUCGUUAGUUCCUAGUACUUCCUAGUAUUCAUGUGAACUCCUUUAAGUUAAUGCUACUGGCAAAUGC